GAAGUAAACAAGCACACAACACGAUAACAUGUGUUAAAUAAAUGCUUUCUACGUAAUUAUUGGAAAAAUUAAAAAUGGUUUUAAACGCAACCAUGGCAUCAAAUCCUCUUAACGAACUCAAACGUAGACUAGACGAUGACACAACUCCGUUACCCAAAAGGCUGCGCUUGGCCAAGAAUGUUAUACAUUCAGAUCAUUUCCCUGCUGCACCGAAGGAAAGAAUUGUAGCAGAAUGGUUAGAGAGUAUCACAGAAAGGAAUGGACUCGCUAGUAAAGAUAUUAGACAUGUUAUCAGCUGGUUGCAAUUUGCUGAUGAACUGACAAAUGAUUUGAAAUGUAGAUUAAUUAAGGUGGUGUCACAUUAUUUACAUAGUAAUCCAUUGAACAAUGAAGACAUACAUUUUAUAAUAAAUUUCUUAGAAAAUGAUAAAAUAUCAUUAUCUUUACAAAAUCAAAUUGAUGAUUAUUUAUUCAUAAUAAUCACUUUACUUCAAAACUUACGGAACGAAGUUGGCAAAAAUAUUUUAAUUCAGAAAUUGUUUACAAAUUUAUGUAAAUAUUACAAGGAAUGUAAGAAGAAACUAAAGUUUAUAGUAAAAUUUUUGGACGGAGAGAAUUUAGAAACAAUUUUUAGCUAUUUAGAUUCAGAUUAUCGGAAUGCAGUUUUAAAUGUUUGUCAAAAUAUUCUAUUCCCGAUCACAAAGAAAACAUUUUUCGUCAAUUUUCUUCAACAUAUAAUUAAGAAUGAUAAUAUUGAUAAUUUUAUUGCUGAUAAAAGUGAAAAUGUACAGUCGGUGAUUAAAAUACUGAGUGCUUUUUUCAUGUUCCCUAAAGGGAGAACGGGUAAAGACCAGAAAUUCCUAAUUGAUUUUGUUGAUACAUUUGUCACUUGUUACCAUAAUGAAGGUCAAAUAUUAUUUGCAUUUUACAUAAUGGCGAUUAGCUCUUUAAAUAUUCGUCAGAAUUAUUUAAAUCCUGAAAUGAUAAUACCUUCUAUAACAUUCAAAGAAAAUGAUGAUAAAAUAAAACGAAAUAUAUUUUUUAAAAUGUUAAUCACUUUAUUAGAAAAUGAAGUUGAUAUAUCAAUAAAAUUAACUUAUACGAUUGGUGAAAAAAAUAAAGUCGAAAUGAAAAAGAAUUUCAUGUCAUUUUUACAAGCAACUAUGCUCGGUUGUUUGAAAUUGGAACACAAAACAGAUAAAAUCAGUUUACAGAUUAUAAAAGCGGCAAUAAAAUUAGAUCCGUCAAUGAUUGAACAAAAGCUCGAUGUAAUUCUGCCACCGAUUAUGACGGCCAAAAAAAGUUCUAACGCCAAAGAGGCUUAUAUUGAAAUGUUUAAUUGUUUAAUAGAAAUUUUAUAUAAAUUAAGCCGUGGAACUGUAUUUAUUGAAAAAAUUCUACCGAAUAUAAAAUUAAAAUUAGAAGCUUUAAAUGUUGAACAAUUUGAAUUGAGACAAAAAUUAAAAGAUGCCACAGAUGAUGUAGAAAAGAUUAAAAAUAAAAUUAUAACCGGAGAAGAUAUUUUGCCUCAAGAAUGUGUUGAAAUGUAUGGAAAAUUGACUUCGGAGUUGAUGUUUAGACAAAAUAGUGGAUUACUGACAUCUCUGCAAAAGGAUUUGGAAGAAAACUGCUUAAUGAUGUUAGAAGAAGGAUUUGUCAGUCCAUCAAUAAUAAUAUUAACGGAAGUACUCUCCGCCAUCUUGUCGUCUUUCUUUAAGUAUAGCAAAAUGGCGGAUCAUACUGUUCCACAACAGAUUGCCGAAGAGUUUUGGUCGAGUUUCCAAACUUUUGGUAAAGAAUGCUUAAAGAAAUUCGGUGAAUGUAUCUUAAAACUUAAUUAUAAUUCACCAUUACUACUAUCCUUUCUAAAACUUUGCUUAAGUUAUUCACAAUUGAAACUUUUAAAUUUGAAAUAUGGCAACAUUAAAAUGGAAGAAACAAUUGACACAACAGAGAUGACAGACUGCAGUAUUGUGUUGCCAUGUUUCAAUGGAAAUCAAUGGAUGACAUUAGCCCAAAUGAUACAAGAAGAUGAGUCUGUUAUAUGGGAUAAUCUACUUCUUGUUAAAUUAAUGUACUCACAAGUAUUGAAAUUAAAAAAUUCUGAAAUAGAAAAUGAAACGGAUAUAAGUAAAGCACAUGUGAUAAAACAUUUAUCGGAAUAUUCAGAAGUGAUAACAUCAGAUUCGUAUAUAACAAGAGAAUUAUUUACCAAUUUAGAUAUAACUCAAGCUAAACAAAUUGCAAAAUCAUUGGUAAAAUUAUUUUUAAAUGGCAACAAUUGUGACAUAUUCAAAAAUGUUGCCAUAUCUAAUAAUAGAAUAUUACUAAAUGCAAUCGUUUUAGAAACAUGUAAAUGUAUAAUGAAAUGUUUUGAUAAUAGCAACACAUUCACUAAAGCUAUGAAUAAAAGUAGCUUCGAUAUUGAAUCGUUUUUACAAAAUUUAAAUGUAAAGGAAUAUUUCAAUGAACUUAAAAUAAUUGAAAACGAAGAGGAAACAAUAAUAAAACAUGUUGAUAGUUUAAAGGAAUUACCCAUUUACAAUUUAGAAGAGAAUUUCAGAUUGACAGCCAUUUUUGUGUUGCUAGCUAUCAAGAAAUGUUGCCAAACGAAAAAACUACGUCGAAGUAUUGAUAAUAUACUUCUUUCAAGUUACGAAUUAAGUCCGAAAUACCCUGAUUUAUACAAAAUAUUUCCCGUUGAUUUUGUAUUUUCAUUCCAAGACAGUACUAUAUUGAAUUUACUAAAAUUAUCUUUAAAAACAUCAAACAAUAUGUUAAUUAUUAAAUUCAUAUUAGAACUGACAGUGAAAAAAGUGAAAACGAAUAGUGAGAUAUUAAAAGAAUUGGUAGAAAUACUUCUAUCGAAACAAUAUUCAAAUGAUUCGACACAAACUAUUGAAUAUUUUAGUAACACAGUGUUUCAAAUACAAUGCAUCAUCCUACCAAUAAUUGCUAAAGAAAAAAGAGCCAUAACUUCAAGUGCUUUUAGGACGAUUUUAGCAAAUUUACAAGAGAAAUUACAUCAAGCUAUGCUGGAAUCUUUUAUGCAUAUAGAUUUUACCAAAAUCGAUAAUUUUAAUGAAACUGACAACAUUGAUGACAGUUUGGUAACUUCUGAUCGAGGUGUGGCAACACUGAACGCUAUUGGCGCGUAUUCCUUGACAUUAUUAAAGUAUUGUGAAAUGACUGAUGUUGAAGAAUUAAAGAAAUUAGAUUGUUUAUGGUCGGGAUUGGAAUUUUUCGUUCAGAAUGCUAUUAAAGCUAUCGAAAAUCCAAAUUCAAAAUACCAACAUAUAGAAUCUUCUAUACAAUUAUUGAAUAUUGCACUAAGAUAUAUAAAAAAACUAGAAUCGCACAAGAUAUUUGAGAGAAAAGACGAUCUAUUCAAACUAAUAUGGCAUAGUAUUAAAAAUAGAUUACUAAUAAUAUUCGAUAAUUCAUCUAAGAAACGAAUAAAUACAUUUUUAUUGGAAAUUAUCGCGGUGAAUAUAAAAUUCUUAACAGAAUUAUCUUCAGUGGAUUGCUUUGUAACGCAAUUUUUAGGUGAUAUAAGUAAUUUGGCCAAUUUAAAGAAACCCACAUUAAUUUUAAAAGAUGAAGCAAUGACCAAUUUACAAUUAACAUCGCAUCAAACAUCCAAAUAUUUGCUCCAACAUUGUCUCAAAGCAAAUCUAAUUGGGAACAAAUGUGUUGGUGUAACAAAGCAAAUAUACCAAAUAUGUAAAAACUUAAAACAUUGGAUUCAAAUAUAUUUCGAAAGCGAUGUACAUAUUGACAAACAAGAUCGGAGAAAUAAUAUUGAAAUGAACGACGAUAGUGAGGUUAAUCUGACAGAUGUCAAAAUUGACGACGCCAUUUGCAAUUUGUUGAGAAUAGAUUUGGAUAUGCUUUCAGAAGUCAUUUUGGCGGCAAAAAAGACUACAUUAGACUACAAGUUCAUUGAUAUGAUAUUUGAAUUACAACAUUUAAUUCAAUACAUACUCGGCCGUAACACUUUACAUACAAGGUGUCAAAUCACUUGGCAAUCAUUCUUUAUAUUACACGAGGGAUCUGUUACCGUGUUGAAUAAUUUGUUACUAUCAAGAGAAGAACUUUUAGAAGACAGAUGGCCAUGUUUCAUGCAAUGCUAUAAAGUAUUGAUACAAUGUUUUUGCGAGAGAGUGAAGUCUUUGGAGCAAUCAGAUCGCAGCCUUGAACAGAAAUUGGCUGAAACCGCUCAUUCUAUCGAGAAAUUAACCCAAUCGAUAUGCAAGAGAAAAGCUCAUGUGUCCAGAAUAGCGGCCUACGCGGUCGCCGACAUUUGCAUUUGGAUAGAAAAGAAUGGCCCGCCAAAACUAGUGAGGCAACAUCUAGAAAAUUCUAUAGCCCUGUUAAUACAGGCUUCAGAUUCUACAUACGCUAUGGCGUUCUUAAGAAGAUCUUUGGCGGGUUCCGUCGGACAAAUGACAAUGUCCAAUAUGUAUUCGAUGUAUAAGAGAUAUCAUAAAUAUGUAGGAAACUCUUAAUAAAACAGCUUUUAGUGUUUUUUUAUAUAUCAUAAGGUGGCAAACGAGCGAGCGGCCACCUGAAAUCGCUGAAAUAGCGAAGUG